AUGGCUAUAGAAGAGGAGACGUCCGGUGGCUCCCAAGAAACACCUGAGCUGCGGUCCUCUUUGGAAGAUGCAUUCUUGAAAGGUAAUUCAUCCAGUAAGAUUGAGAGCUGGCUGGACCAAUGCAGCUCUUCCAGGGACCCUCUCGGGGACAGCCUCUCUGCUCAGGGCGCCUCUGGACUCUGUAGCAACAGAACCAGCUUUGAAGAUGACCUUACCCUGGGAGCGGAAGCCACACUGCUACUGGACAAAGAUAUAGCUGAGUCCCGAGCCCCCAAAGGUGCCUCCUCCUGGUGUGAUCUACAGCUCAAUCUGGACCACAGCCUCACUUCCAGUACUUUCUCAGUCAGCACUAACAAAACUAGCUCCAGUAUCUCAGAGGUGCUGGAGCAAUGUGAGGUGGAUGCAGAGACCGUCCUCUCCAACUUGGGCUUCGUACAAGAGGAGACCCCAGCUAAGUCGUGGAUCCCGUCUCGGUUCUUUGCCGUUCCAUCCCAGGCCCAAGGCAUUGAUUUCCAGCUGUUCCUAAGGGCCCAGGUUCAGCGGCUGGAGAUGGAAGAUCCUUACCUGAUGCUAGCAAGUCGGUUCAGGCAGGUCCAGACCCUGGCCAUAACAGCAGAUGCUUUCUUCUGCCUUUACUCGUACGUAUCUAAGACCCCUAUCCAGAAGAUUUCCCCUGCCCACCUGUUCUCAGCCUUCCCGGACAUUCCGGAUUCCUGGAACGUUUCUUCCAAGCAAGAGGCCGAAUCUCCUCUACAGCGCCUGAAGAAAGCCAUUUCAAGAAUGUGCUUGUACACUUUGCCUCGAGAGGAAGGGACCUCGGGGCCAUCCAAAAAGCCACCCCAGAUGAGCCGCCUGGAACAGAUCGUAUGGGAAGUGAUAGACAUGGCUCGCAAAAACAGAUUCCCUCUUGACAUGGAAAAUGGAAAGGAAGAGGCUCACGUAGAUGUGAGUUUUUUCGGCACGUGUGCCAAAAAGCUUGUCACCCCUUGCAUUGUUAUCAACUAG